AUGUUCCAUCGAUUGCGUCAGGCGCUUGCUGCGGGCGGGAAGAGCAACCCCACCGCGGGCUCAUACAGUGCUAGCGCUGCAGAUAAAUCUGCUAGAAGGUAUAUCAUUGUGUUCAAACCCCACGUCACGCAGGAGCAGAUUGAGGACUAUAUCAGUAGCGUUCAGAAACAAGGAGGUACAGUGACACAUAGAUACGACAUAAUCAAGGGCUUCGCCGCGAAUUUGGGCCCGGAGGCACUAUCCAAUUUGCAAUCCCUACAAGGAAACAUAGUGGAGUCGAUUGGUGAGUGUUGA